AUGUCUGGAAGGGAAGGAGGGAAAAAGAAACCACUGAAGGCUCCCAAAAAACAAACAAAGGACAUGGAUGACGACGACGUGGCCUUCAAGCAGAAGCAGAAGGAAGAGCAGAAGGCUUUGGACGCCUUGAAGGCCAAAGCUUCGGGAAAAGGACCCCUAGGUGCGGGCGGCAUCAAGAAAUCGGGCAAGAAAUGA